CCUCAGGCAGUUCCUUAGUGGAGCACCUCUAGUAGUUUAUGACCUAGACUUUGCCCUACCAGCUCAUUAUUCAGAAAGUCUUCUUCCUUGGAUUCGGCUCAAGACACUUUAAACUGGGGAGAGGAAAAUGUCUCAGGAUCACCUGGAGAACAGCAUCCGUACCUAGCCAAGACCGCCUCAUCACAAACAGCAUUCAUUUGCCUGUAUCCUAGAGUGAUGUGGGCCAUGGAGCCAGGCCACCUGCUCUGGGCUCUGCUGUUCGUGCAGUCCUUGUGGCCCCAACUGACUGAUGGGGCCACUCGAGUCUACUACCUGGGCAUCCGGGAUGUGCAGUGGAACUAUGCCCCCAAGGGAAGGAAUGUCAUCACAAACCAACCUCUGGAGAAUGACACAGUAGCUUCCAGCUUCCUUAAAUCUGACAAUAAUCGGAUAGGGAGAAACUACAAGAAGACCGUCUAUAAGGAAUACAAAGAUGACUCAUAUAAGGAUGAAGUGGCCCAGCCUGCCUGGCUGGGCUUCCUGGGGCCAGUGUUGCAGGCUGAGGUGGGAGAUGUCAUCCGUAUCCAUCUGAAGAAUUUUGCCACACGUCCCUAUACCAUCCAUCCUCAUGGCGUUUUCUAUGAGAAGGACUCAGAAGGCUCCCUAUACCCAGAUGGCUCCUCUGGGCAGCUCAAAGCUGAUGACUCUGUGCCUCCUGGUGGCAGCUAUAUCUACAAUUGGACUAUUCCAGAAGGCCAUGCACCUACUGAUGCUGACCCAGCAUGCAUCACAUGGAUCUACCAUUCACAUGUGGACGCGCCACGAGAUGUUGCAACUGGUCUCAUCGGGCCCCUCAUAACCUGUAAAAAAGGGAUACUGGACAGGAACUCUCCUCCCCGGCGGCAGGAUGUGGACCACAGUUUCUUUCUGCUCUUCAGUGUGGUAGAUGAGAAUCUUAGCUGGCAUCUUGAUGAGAACAUUGCUACUUACUGCUCCAACCCUGCCUCAGUGGACAAAGAAGAUGAGGGCUUUCAGGAGAGCAACAGGAUGCACGCAAUCAAUGGCUUUGUCUUUGGGAACUUACCAGAACUGAGCAUGUGUGCUCAGAGGCGUGUGGCCUGGCACUUGUUUGGCAUGGGCAAUGAAGUAGAUGUGCACACAGUUUUCUUUCAUGGACAGAUGCUGACCACUCGUGGACACCGCACUGAUGUGGCUCAGCUCUUUCCUGCCACCUUCGUGACUGCUGAGAUGGUCCCCCAAGUGCCUGGCACAUGGUUAAUUAGCUGUCAAGUGAAUAGUCAUUUACAAGAUGGCAUGCAAGCACUCUACAAUAUCAAGUCUUGCUCCACGACUCCUCCUGUGAACCGGCUCACAGGCAAAGUUCGGCAGUACUUCAUUGAAGCCCAUGAGAUUCGAUGGAACUAUGGCCCAAUGGAGCAUGAUGGGAGUACUGGGAAGAGUUUGAAAGAGCCAGGCAGUGGUUCAAAUAAGUUCUUUCAGAAGAGCCCCAGCAGAAUUGGAGGAACUUACUGGAAAGUUCGAUAUGAAGCCUUCCAAGAUGAGACAUUCCAGGAGAAGAUACAACUGGAGGAAGAUAAACACCUUGGGAUUUUGGGGCCUGUGAUCCGGGCUGAGGUGGGUGAUACUAUCCAGGUGAUCUUCUACAACCGAGCUUCCCAGCCAUUCAGCAUACAACCCCAUGGGGUCUUUUAUGAGAAAGAUUACGAGGGCACUGUGUACAAUGAUGGCUUAUCCCACUCUGGUUUGGUGGCCAAACCCUUUGAGAAAGUAACAUACCGCUGGACAGUUCCUCCUCAUGCUGGGCCCACCGCUGAGGAUCCUGCCUGUCUCACCUGGAUGUAUUUCUCUGCUGCAAAUCCCAUUAGAGAUACAAAUUCUGGCCUGGUGGGCCCCCUGCUGGUGUGCAAGACUGGAGCCUUGGGUGCAGAUGGCAAGCAGAUAGGGGUAGAUAAAGAAUUAUUUCUCCUCUUCACUGUGUUUGAUGAGAACAAGAGCUGGUACAGCAAUGCCAAUCAAGCAGCUGCUAUGCUGGAUUCCCGACUGGUCUCAGAAGAUGUCAAGGGAUUUGAAGACUCCAAUCAGAUGCAUGCCAUUAAUGGGUUUCUGUUCUCUAACCUGCCCAGGCUGGACAUGUGCAAGGGUGACACAGUGGCCUGGCACCUGCUAGGCCUGGGCACAGAGACUGACGUGCAUGGGGUCAUGUUCCAGGGCAACACUGUACAGCUUCAGGGCAUGAGAAAGGGGGCAGCCAUGCUCUUUCCUCACACCUUUGUUACGGCCAUCAUGCAGCCUGACAACACUGGGACAUUUGAGAUUUACUGUCAGGCAAGCAAUCAUCGAGAAGCUGGGAUGACAGCAAUUUAUAAUGUCUCCCAGUGUCCUGGCCACAAACCUAAGCCUCGUCAACGUUACCAGGCUGCAAGAAUCUACUACAUUAUGGCAGAAGAGGUCGAGUGGGACUAUUGCCCUGAUAGGAGCUGGGAACUAGAAUGGCACAAUCAGACUGAGAAGCACAGUUAUGGUCAUCUUUUCCUGAGCAACAAAGAUGGGCUCCUGGGUUCCAGAUACAAGAAAGCUGUAUUCAGAGAAUAUACUGAUGGAACAUUCAGGAUCCCCCGGCCAAGGACUGGAGAAGAGGAGCACCUGGGAAUCUUAGGCCCGCUGAUCAGAGGAGAAGUUGGAGACAUCCUGACUGUGGUGUUCAAGAAUAAUGCUAGCCGCCCCUAUUCGGUGCAUGCCCAUGGAGUGCUAGAAUCUACUACUGGCUGGUCACAAGCUGCUGAGCCUGGUGAAGUACUCACUUACCAAUGGAACAUUCCAGAGAGAUCUGGCCCUGGUCCCAAUGACUCUGCUUGUGUUUCCUGGAUCUAUUAUUCUGCAGUGGAUCCCAUUAAGGACUUGUAUAGUGGUCUUGUGGGACCUCUGACCAUCUGCCGAAAAGGUAUCUUGGAUCCCCAUGGAGCACGAAGUGAUAUGGAUAGGGAGUUUGCCUUGCUAUUUUUGAUCUUCGAUGAAAACCAGUCUUGGUAUCUGGAGGAGAACAUAGCAAUUCAUGGGCCCCAGGAGCCAGAGCGUGUUAAUCUACAGGAUGAGAUUUUCUUGGAGAGCAAUAAAAUGCAUGCCAUCAAUGGGAAACUCUAUGCCAAUCUCAGAGGUCUCACCAUGUACCAGGGAGAACAAGUGGCUUGGUACAUGCUGGCCAUGGGCCAAGAUGUUGACAUACACACUGUCCACUUCCAUGCUGAGAGUUUCCUUUAUCAGAACGGAAGGAGCUACAGGGCAGAUGUUGUGGAUCUGUUCCCAGGCACCUUUGAGGUUGUAGAGAUGAUAGCCAACAACCCUGGGACAUGGCUGCUACACUGCCAUGUGACGGACCAUGUACAUGCUGGCAUGGAGACACUCUUCACUGUUUUGUCUCAAAAAGGUCAUUUAAGCACUAUCAGUACCAUCACUGCAGAGACUGAAAAAGCACUGAUUUUCAGAGACAUUGGCGAAUUCAAAGUGAAGAUGCUGGGCAUGCAGAUACCAGUAAAGAACAUGGAGAUGUUGGCCUCUGUUUUGAUUGCCACGGGUUUCAUCCUGCUGGUUAUUGCUCUGAUUCUUGGGGGUGUAGUGUGGUACCAGCGUCGACAAAGAAAGCUACGGCGCAAUAGAAGAUCUAUUCUGGAUGACAGCUUCAAGCUUUUGUCCCUCAAGCAAUAGCAGCUGAAACCUGGAAGUAUUCUUAGUAUGCACAUCUGCAAUGCACUCCAAAAAGAACAUGGGCUAGCAACUAAUCCCCCUGUCAGUGUGAUAUGGUUGGUGAAGAAACACAGAAGGGAACCAAUCCAAGUAUCUGUGUAUUUCUUCAUUUAUUUAUUUACAUGGAAAUUACAUGCAUUCACUUUGUCUUUGGUUUAUUUGCUCCACUUGGACACCUGGGAGUGGAUGAGUUUCCUAGCACCCUACAACACGAAUUCCAACAGCUAGAUUGUAUCACUUCCCAACACCUGGCAGGACUUCAGGUGCUCAAAAACUGAUCCUUUUAUGAAAGCAUAUACCAGUGGAAAAACUCAUUGGUUGGCCUUCUGCUACUUUCUAGAACCUAGGCAAAUUCACUUUGAACUGAGGCUGAGUGAACUAUGAAGAUAAUCAACAACCAAACCAACAACUAAGCCCACAGGCAUGAAUGAGAAUUAGAAGUCGGGUGGGAAUUUUGAAUCCAAAUUGUGUUUUGAUUCUCAUUGGCAGUGAAAUACUUUGGAGGAGUGAGCAGUUGGGUUGUCACUGUCAUGAGCGCUUACAGACUCUGGAGUAGCUAGCUCCCCAGCAAACCAGUCUUGUAAAAUUCUGUGUAACAACAUUGAAGGGAGUGUUAAGUGGCCUAUGUUUUAGAUAGCUGAUACUUUCCAUUAAAUUACUUAUUAUAAUACAAAAAGGCUGAUUUUUAAAAAUUAUUUUGGUGGUUCCUGCAGUUUCUGGGAGGUGUGAUCGUGACUAAAACAGAAAACAUUUGGAAUGUGAGAGAUCCUCUUAGGGAUCUGCCUAUCUGUGUGGAAUUUACAGAUUUGUUUUAGAAGGUACCUGAAGUCUCAAAGUGAGCAUGUUAGGUGCUAUCCUGAAAAAGGAGAUAUGUCAUAGAUGGUGUAUUUAUUAAAUACCAAGAAUUUUUCCAGAGGGGGAUAUUAGGCUGAGACCAGACAAGGAAAGGUGGGCAUAUAUCUGGUGGGCCCUUUUAUAGCUAUUGGAAUAUGAGAAGUGUACUUGUUUGGGGACCUCUUUAUGAGAUAAAGUUAUUACCUCCGUAGUUUGUGUAGUUUACAGAAACUUUCAUUUGUCUUUUGCAAAUAUGAGCCUCUGUGAAACAUUGGACAGAGAAGACAGAUGAGAAGUAUGGUGAUGAGGUAAGACGGGCCACUCUGACUGUAGAAUCUAAUACUAUUCCAUGUGGCAAGUGGAGAAUUUAAAAGGCAUUAGGGAGAAUAUAAAGAUUAUGGCUUAAGUGAAUAGUACUUUACACUUUACAAAGCAUCCUAGUUUCCACUUGAAUUUAACUUGCCUCAGUUCUGUUAGGAUGCCAUGCCUUUUACGUUUGAAUGAACAAAGAUCCUUAAUAUUGAUUUUAUGUAAGAUCACUCACAUGGAAUCUGAGUAGGGAUUCAGGUAUUCAUCUAUUUUACCUUUCCUAUCAUUUUUUCUUUCCCCUAUUUAUUUUAAGUUCUCAGUCUUCACAGCAACCUGUUUGUCUUGUUAGCAAUCCUAGC